ACUUCUUUGGAGAAUUAUGAGGCAGUGAAGGCGUUCUUCUUAGCCUACCCAUCGUUCAGGAACCACUCCACCUAUAUUAUGGGUGAGAGUUAUGGGGGGGUGUAUGUGCCCACGUUGACUGCUCGUAUUAUCGAUGGCAUGGACGAGUUUCGGAUAAAUUUGAAGGGAAUGGCGCUGGGCAAUGGCUACGUGAACGAGGCGCUCAAUAUCGAUACGUCGAUCAGAUACGCGUACGGUCAUGGAAUUAUCGAUGAAAAGGCGUGGACCACCCUGGAGAACGAAUGCUGUCAUGGCUGUAUUGAGACGUGUGAUUUGACGCAGGUGACUGGUCACUGCGCUCGAAUGGUCGAGGACAUCUUUCAAUUCCUUUGGUUCGGUGGUUUGAAUCCAUAUGAUCUCUAUCGCGAUUGUGAUCCAAGUCCACUGAUUUUGGGCGCCAGAUCGUCGGCGCUGCGCCGCGGGCUCCUGCCACGAAAAUACAUGAUGUUCGACGAGGUGGCAAGGCACAGCAAAGCGGCGCUGCUGGCAGACGCCGGCGCCACCAAUUACACUCGUCUACACGAUUUAACUAGUGAGAAGGUCAGUAAAAUAGUAUAA